CUUAGCGGUUCUGAGUUUGAUAUAUGACUAUUUGGUGAACUAAAUGUUUAACUUCCUUCUUACCUUUAUCAAUCGGUUGUAAUCGAUAAAUAUCUCGCCUAACAGGAACGACGUGAUUUGGAUGUGUAGUUGUGACGAGAAAAGAAUUUGAUAUGUCUCUCAAAAUUCUUUUGAUGAUUUUAUCAACAACUGAGUGUAUCUAUUCUCAGAUUUUGUAUAAGGAUACAGAGAACAAUGUACAAUCUUUUCUUAUUGAAGCCCAAACGUCAACUUUGCAGACAUCAUUAGAAAAGUGUGAAGUCAGUUUGAGUGAGAAGUCUCUAAAGAAAGAAAAUAUAAAUAACGCUUAUAUGGAUAUUCUGAAGCUAUAUGGAUCGAAAAAAUUUCCUGAUGACCGGACAAUAUCUGAUUGGUGUAAGCGACAUCCUAGUCUGAUUAUUGCGGAUGCGGACAACUGUCAUCAAUAUUACAACUGUUCUGGAGAAGACUACUACUUGAGUUCCUUUGCUGGUACUUAUGGAGUCUGGCCUGCGCGGAAUAAGCAUGAAUGUCAUUAUCCGGAACUAUUUUCAGAGGAAACUUUGAAGUGUGAAAACUACACAAAAGUUAACUGUGGGAAAAGAUAUGAACCAGUGUGGGGAUGCAGAUACGUUCGCCUUCAGUGCAAAUUUUCACUUUGUGUAGCCUGCGAUGCGAGAUAUCCAAAAUGUGAAGGUAAAGCCGAUGGAUUGUAUCCAAAAGAUGAUGGUAUCGUGACAAAUAUGUUCAAAAUAUGUCAAAAUGGUCGGACAGUCAAAUUAGGGUCUUGUUCUUAUGAUCCAAUUUGGUUAAUUGAAGAAUUUCCCUAUGAAGGCAGAUGUGUACAUCGGUAUGCUAUACCCAAAGAUAAGGAUGUGAUGGGUUUGCUUCCGUCGUGUGAGGGUGUAGAGGAUGGUAACUACCCGUUUGAGGAUCGCUAUUGUGAUGCCUAUUAUAGAUAUGACGGUGGUAUCGCUACACCUGUAAAAUGUCUUCCUAACACGCUUUUUAAUAAUGUAACUAGAACUUGUCAAGAAGGAAAGAGAUGUUGGUGAUCUUAAAAUUGAAAAAAAGAAUAUUGUUCAAUCAAUGUACUGCAAAUUGCGUUGCAUAAAUGCAAACUUUUUCAUCUUUUGUCGACUUAAAAUGUUAAUAUUAGUGAGUGAUCUUAGAUACUGAAGAGAAAAAUCGUCGAAAGAAAAUAAUUUAUUGUUUUUAUAUGUAUUUUAUAUUCAUGUGUUUUCAUUAUUAGUGAAUAGUCAAUGUCAGUUCUCUUAAUGGAAUUUCUCUCAAUAAAAUUGCA